UUAUACUCCACUAUUUCUGUUUGGAUACGCGACCGAAUUUUAAUUUUGAACAUUACGUAGCUGAUUGGUUUUUUAAAAGGGAUAAAACGUAUUUUUAAGUAGGUACGGUAAAAUGGCAUACGAUUGUGUAUUGUUACUAUUAUUUUGUCACGCGUGUGUUGUUCUGUGUAACCCCGACGCGAAGAGGCUCUAUGACGAUUUACUGAGUAAUUACAACAGGUUAAUUAGACCUGUAAGCAAUAAUACUGAUACUGUUUUGGUCAAACUUGGCCUGAGAUUGUCACAACUCAUAGAACUUAAUCUAAAAGACCAAAUCUUGACCGUGAAUGUGUGGAUGGAACACGAAUGGCAAGAUCACAAAUUCAAGUGGGAUCCUGGCGAAUAUGGCGGUGUCACCGAACUGUAUGUGCCAUCAGAACAUAUCUGGCUACCUGACAUCGUUUUGUACAAUAACGCUGACGGGGAAUACGUUGUAACAACAAUGACGAAGGCUGUUUUACACUAUUCCGGAAGAGUGACGUGGACUCCCCCCGCGAUCUUUAAAUCCUCCUGCGAAAUUGACGUGAGGUAUUUUCCUUUCGAUCAACAGACUUGCUUCAUGAAAUUCGGUUCUUGGACUUACGACGGCAAUAAGAUCGAUCUCAAACACAUUAAUCAAGAAGGAGCUGGAGACAAGGUGGCUGUAGGAAUAGAUCUAAAGGAAUACUACCCAAGCGUGGAAUGGGAUAUAUUAUCGGUACCGGCAGAAAGGCAUGCCAAAUAUUAUCCAUGUUGUGCAGAACCGUAUCCAGAUAUCUUCUUCAAUGUAACUCUUCGCAGGAAAACGUUGUUUUACACAGUUAACUUGAUCGUUCCCUGUGUAGGUAUAUCUUACCUUUCCGUCCUCGUCUUUUAUCUUCCUGCCGAUUCGGGAGAGAAGAUAGCUCUUUGCAUUAACAUCCUCCUUUCGCAGACAAUGUUUUUCCUUCUCAUUUCGGAAAUAAUUCCCUCUACGUCUCUCGCCUUGCCACUUCUGGGCAAAUAUAUCCUUUUCACGAUGAUCUUGGUGGGAUUGUCUGUCGUUAUUACGAUUGUUAUACUCAACGUACACUAUCGAAAACCGAGUACGCACAAGAUGGCACCUUGGGUUCGAUCUAUAUUCAUAAAAACGGUACCCAAACUUUUGCUAAUGAGGGUGCCCAAAGAUCUCCUUACGGAACUCGCAUCAAACAAAAUGAAUAUCGGGAAGACGUUUAAAAAACACGAAAUUGACACACUGCCAUCAACGUUAUCUUCUCCAUCCUCGUCGUCAUCUUCGUCAUCCAGGCAUAGAAUUAGUGGAUGUAAUGGUUUAUAUUCUUCUACCUCUGCUACUAAUAGGCUGCGCGGUUUUUCAAGUUCGUUUGGUAACAGGAUGCGUUACAACGGAUUGCCUUCGGUUUUUUCGGGACUGGACGAAUCAGAUUCAACGUCAAGAAAAAAGUACCCGUUUGAAUUGGAGAAAGCAAUUCAUAACGUUAUGUUCAUUCAACACCAUAUUCAAAGGCAAGAUCAAUUUAACGCAGAAGACCAAGACUGGGGUUUCGUCGCAAUGGUUUUAGAUCGACUUUUCUUAUGGAUUUUUAUAAUUGCUUCCAUAGCCGGUACAUUCGCGAUUUUGUGUGAAGCACCAGCACUUUAUGACGAUUCAAAACCGAUCGACAUGGAAAUCUCAUUGGUAGCACAACAACAAUAUUUGCCCGACUUUGAAUUGUCUGAAAUGCAUGAUUAGCUUUUGAUACAUGUGCAUACAUAGUAGUAUAUUUAUCAUCUACUAAUUUCACCGUUGAUAUCCGUAAUUUGUCGUUCAAUUCAAACAACUUAAGCCUUUAUUAUCGGAUACGAAUAUGCACAAGUGUGUAUGUAUUAUAGGUACGAUAAGUUGUAUGGAGUAGGUACCUAUAGUAUCUUCUGUUGUUAAUGUACCUACCUAUAGGCACGUUAUGUACACGUAAAAUAAGUCUAGUUAUAAAUUAGGAAAGGAUUUUACCAACCUCGCCUUCGGGCUCUCGUGGCAAUUUCGACUCAAAGAAUUGAAAAUUAUUUCCUACUGCUAAUAAACUGUACUGAUCGCGUAAAAGUAAAAAUCAUCGUGCUUUUAUGUUAAAAAAAAAAAUGAGAAUAAAAUACGACACCCCUUCGGCUACGAAGGCAAUUCACAUCCGCGAGGCAAUACCCUAAUUCUUUCCUUUUAUGCGUUAUAUACUACCUAUUGUUUUGUGAGAUUUGUCAAACAUCGGUACAAGGUAGAUACAAAUCAAACUUGUAAUUUUUUGGGUGCCAAGCGCACCUGCCACUUCUCCUCUUAUUACUGAUAAGUAAUCAAGUAUUUCAAUGUCACUUUUUUCUUCAUUAAAAUUGAUAAAUAUGAAACGCUUAAUCUCCAAGUAGGUAGUGUCCCAAAAUCUAAACUUUUAUACAUACAUAUGUACGAUAUGUGGUAGGUAACUAGGUACGUACGUACCUAGUUUAAUGCGAUUACAUAUUGUACGUAAUCUGAAAUAACAUUCCAAUUAGGUACCUGCAUACAUCAUAUAUGUACGUAUGUGUUAUGUAAGGUACAUGUUUUAUCAGCGACUUAUAAAAAUUACAGUUGAUUUUAAAAUAGUUGCCAAAUAAUCGCAUCUUAUACCUAACGGUAAGUAAUACCUGUAAAAAAUAAUAAUAAAUGAAAAUAAAUAUCUUAACAAAAUAUCAGACUGUCACUAGUUACUUUUGCUUUCUGUUAAGGACUUUCAUGCUUAAUAGAGAAUAUAUAAAUCAAUUUGUUAAUAUUUUGUUAAUUAAUAAGAAGCGAUGACGCACUGUACAUAUCGUUAGUUACAAGUUUUCGAUUUCGCGUGAGAGCCACCGUGGAAGUCGUCGGGUGGUCACACGACAGGCCUCACGUCUCAUGCUAUGUACACAUGUACAUAUAGGUACGUACAGUACAUUGUUAAAUUGGUACACGUAUAUGUAUGUGUAACAGAUACCAUAACGCAAAGCAACAACAACGAAAUAGGGACUGAAAGAAAGAGGGAAACGUUGUUUCAUUAUUAUUAUUAUUACACUACAGCCACCUCCAAAGACGUUGGUUGUACCGCUCUCUGCGUCCGUGUCUGUGCGUUAGGUAGAUAUUACCCAUCCCUAUCUACCUAUGUAUAUCCUUUUAGGUUCCCGUCAUACCGAACAUGUACAGAUUGUCACAGACACGUUCACGCAUUCGCAGUAAUUUUAAAACUAAUUGUAAAACGACCUGUAAGUAGCGUUAAGAGACAGAACAAACAAUUUAAAUACAAUUUACCGAUGAAAAUGUAGGCCCUAUAGCCCAACCUUACGGUGAUGCUGGUGUAUUUAAUUUUACAUUUACCGAAUAGCCAUUCCGAAAACACUUCUCGUGAAUAACUGUAAUUAGAAAGAAUGUACAAGAAACGUAUCAGAUGGCCGCGUGUUGUCGCUUGUCUUCGGCGGUAAAACCACCGAGCAGUAUCUGAUUUGUGGCGAUGCAUUCUGAAACCGUGGGAACGGAGGCUCAUAAGAGAAAGACGAUGACGACGCCAGAAACUGCCUACAAAAGGGCAUGGGCACGCCACAACUCCCACCAUCAUAUAAGUAUACCGACGAACUAUAAACUUGCGAUUUGCGAUUAAUAUAAUGUAAUAAGGAAAAAAGAGCGUCGCGACGCAACGUGUACGUUUGAUGUUCGUGAGCAUGUUUCCAUGUGUGCAGCUACUUAUAAUCACGGUUAUAAUAAUUAGUUGUGGUUGUCGUACUCCACCUCGAUUACCACGCGUGGCCCUGAGAUCUGACCCGUCUCCGGCCUCGGCUGGCUGCUUGCCCGCCUGCUAGCCAGACAAUCAGUACGACCCUACGACCGCGGUCGUCCUAUCGGCGACGGCAUUUUAUUAUUACGACCGCGAUACUACACCAGCGUACAGGACUGUAUUUGGUUAAAAUCAUUCUCAACGAAAAUAAAGUGGAGUUCUGUAACCAAAAAAUUCCACAUUUAAACGUUUGAAACCAACCUAUUAAUGUUAAGUGUGUAAACUUUGAGUAAAGAUGCAUCGAUCGUUUAAACCAACUUAUCAACUUUCAAUUAAAUACUGCAGAGGUCCAAACACGCGAGAUCACCUCCUACCGCUACACUUGAGUUGACAUACCUUUAUCUUUUUUUCACUCUGUCCAUAAAAUAGAUGCCAAGUACAUACAUCAGUGUACCGUACUUUUUAUUGCUUAUUCUCAGAAAAACUAGAUAAGCCUAUUUCCAACAAAACAUCAGCAUUCAUUAUGCAUCUAUUUAUAAGUACAUACAAAUACACAAUAAAAUGUACCUACAAACAUUUAUGUUAAAUUAAUUAUUGAACAUUGAUUAUAAAACUCUUUAUUCAUCUUAAUACGGUCCUGGCGCUUCUUACGGAAUGUUGGCUUUUGUGGCACGUCGUUAGCGAUAGUGACGAUGAGGUCAAUAAGUAAAAGGCAAACAACGUUUGUCUUAAUUAGUAGCUCGCUAUAGAAGAUGUGCCGCACUUGUAUAACGAGGCUAUUUACAAAGACGUAUAUAGACAGAUUUCUAUGUAUACGUGUACACGUGUGUUACUACAUCUAAUGAAUUUAUCUAUAACUACGCAGAAGUGCGUACCUUUGUAUAUGUCCAAAGCAUUAUUUGCUAUUGUAUAGUGUAUGUAUUAAUGUUUUAUAAUCACACAUGUACAGUACGUUAUUGUCAAUUCAAAUAUAGUACUAGGUACAUGCAGGUGUUACAUAGGUAGGUUCAUACCAUUUCAUCAUCAUAAGUCGUCGGUCCUAAUAACAUUGGAUGGACACGAACCUCCAUCCUUUCCCAUCCUGAUCCUAAUCUUCGCAUUCCCCUAAAACCAGCACUU